AUGUCGCUUUUCCCAAAUAAGCCUCAGCUUGCGGAAUCUAUAUGUGGCAUUACACUCCCUAAAUCUGUAAUAAAGAGGAUUCAAAAUAAGGAGUACAAUGCUGCAGCACAAUCUUUAAUUCACGAAAAUUUACCAUUCAAUCAAGUUGUUCGCCUUCUAUCAAAUUGUCCACCUGCAUUAGCAGCAUAUUUCUAUAAGAGCGCUUCUAAGAUCGGUGUUUCUCCAGCCGCACAACAAAUUUAUUGUCAUUUAUACCUUGAAACUCAAUUAGGCAUCCUCAGCUCCAUCCCACAAGCCGAGAAGAAAGCUGACAUAGAUGCUUUGAAGAAAUUCAUUAAUGAUUACAAGGAAGCUCUCGAUGGAAAAACCGUAAUUAAGUUAAUUAAGCACUAUGGCGAGUUGACACUCCUUACUGAUGCAUGCAUUAUUUUCGAAGACUUCGAGAAUGCCGUCCAAGCCUUAGUAAAUGGCAAUCCAGAUUACGUUCAUUUGCUUAAACUUACAAAGACUCUUUCUGUUGAGAACCAGCGCCAGAUUUUCAUGCGCGUCAUUAAGAACCAGAAGAUGAAGUUCAUAGACUUCUUAGAUGAGUCUAGCGAAACAACAAUGUCCGCAAUAUUUGAUGCUCUUUGUUCUAUCAUUGCUGAUGCAUCGGACCUCAACUCAUUCUACAUGGACAACUUUACUAACUUAAUGCCGCACCUUAUUAUGCAAGGAUACUUCACUUCUCCGAUUCAUUUCUCGAUGGAAUUUAUUUUCUACGUAAUUUCGAAGAAUCAAGAGAAGAUCAACGAGUUCAUUGAAUCUAAGAACUUCCAGAAGGCAGAUCAUGACUUUAUUGCAACAUAUUGCGCAACACAUAAAUUAUACGACCUUGCAGCCAAGAUUUACGCCCAUGUUGACAACAGACACCUUUCUGCUGUCAGAUACAUCAUUAAACAUAUUACAACUACAAAACCAAAGUCAAAAUCCCAACCAAUUUUAGAUCUCAUGAAAGAGCUCGACAAAGCCGACGAUCUUAAGGAAUGUUGGCUCUUCAUCCUUAGGUCGUGCCGCGACCUCGGUUCUUUCAUCGAAUCCGACGAUUGGAAGCAAAUUAUUCAGAAAGCGACGCAGAAGAGAAUUUUGUCAUUGGACGACAUAUUCCCACUCAUUCCAGGCGAUAUGCAACUCGACGACCUCCAUAAAACGAUUUCUACAGCUGUCGGCAAAUCAUCUGCAGAUUUACGAAAAUCCGAGGAAACAAGGAAGAAAAUCCUCGAGAGAAUGGCAGAGCAGAGACGUAUUGUCACAGAUACAACGAUGUCGUCAAUCAUUGUCGAACCUGCCGACCAAAUUUGCGUAAUUUGCAACCAAAAGGUCUCAGAUCAGCCAUUCGACGUUUAUCCAUGCGGCCAUGCUGUUCAUUUCUCUUGCUUCAGACAGAAUAUGGCCAAUUUCCUUUCCGGCCAAGAAUUAACUGACAUCGUGUUCGGAGCUGCCACAGACAACACAAAGAUCUCUUCAAUGCUGCUUGAAAUAGCAAAGAGAUCUUGCCCUGAGUGCGGAACAGCCGCUUUGACAAUUCUUGACAAACCACUCGUUGACGAGAACAUCGACUACUCGGCAAUCGCAAAAUGGGAAGUUCCUCUUUAA